AUGGACGACCAGCCGUCAACUUCGUCCUCUCCUACUCGUUCUUGGGCAAAACGACUGGCUGAGUUAAAAGCUUGUCCCUGGUACUGGGGUGACUUAUCUUGGAGAAACGCCGAAAAACUUCUUUUAUUGUGCGAAGAGGGAUCGUUCCUGGUCAGAGAUAGCCACAGUGAAAAUCAUCUGUUCACUAUCAGCUACAAACAUGGAAAUAAAGUUUUACAUUCGCGAGUGGAGAUUAGCGGUCAGUACGCUCAUCUAGGAGGUCCAUUGUCACUUGAGCGCUCGGAGAGUGUUGUCGAGUUGCUCAAGCAUGCGGUUCAAAUAUCUUUUACGAGGGAACGUGAUAUCCUCAUACAUCGACGAGCUUCUUCCGCGGUUGCAGUACUUGUGUCGUCUGAAGAUUAG